CGUUAUGCUGUCUACCAUGUGGAGAAAGACUUCACUUCCCGUGGGGUCUUUGGCAACGCGUCAUUGCUACGAUACGCACUACGAAGCAGCGUUGAAGGAUACGCCAGAAGGAGCAAGAAUGACUGAUUGGGUUGGAUAUGGGUAUGCAGCACUCAUUGCAUCUGGAGGAGUGAUGGGCUAUGUCAAAGCACGCAGUGUCCCCUCCUUGGCGGCAGGUAUUCUCUUCGGCAGCCUAGCUGGGGUUGGUGCCUACCAGAUAUCGCAAGAUCCUACAAAUAUUUGGGUGUCUCUAGUCACAUCAGGAGCCCUGGCAGGUGUGAUGGGAAAGAGAUUCUACGGUUCCAGGAAGAUGAUGCCUGCUGGAAUGAUGGCAGCAGCAAGUCUACUUAUGGUGGGGAAGCUGGGUGUUGGAAUGCUGCUGCAGAAGCCCCAGGAGUCAUAAUGCACUGAAAUGAAGAAGACGUUCACAGACACUGAUGUCAAAAUCACUAUCCUCUCGUGCUUUUCUACGGUCUUAUAUCGUUCACCAAGAAUAUCAGUCAGAUAUGUGAAUGUUAUUUUUGGAAAAAUGUAUAAUUGAACAGUGAUUUAUAAAUAACAAGGACUGUCAUGCA